AUGGAUAAUGAUAGUACACCUUCAUUUGUUGUUCAACUUCCUCCACCUGAUCGAUUUGAACCAACGACUGUUAUAGCUAAAUUAGAACCAAAUCAACGACAAAUCAAUUUACUUGUUAUUGUUUUACGUAUACAAGCUAACCCGCAAAAAACACGUGAAGGACAUGAAAUUCAUUCAUUUAAAAUAGCAGAUCGAACUGGGUCAAUUAUAUUUAAUGUUUGGAAUACAACAGGACAAUUAAUUGCAAUUGGUGAUAUACUUCGAUUACAAAAUUGUAUAACACAAGUAUUUAAAAAUGAAUUAUGUGUUAAACCAGGACGAAAUGGAAUAGUAACAAAAGUUGGAGAAUUUAUGAUGGAUUUUAAUGAAGAACCUGAUGUGAGUAUUUUAACAGCAUCGAUGAAUACGGAACUAAUCAAUUAUAAGGAUAGAAUUCAUUCCAAUAAACGACCAGCACAAGCCAUGUCUUAA